AUGGAUUUGAAAAUGAUUUUGUAUCCCACUGAUGGCCACAGACAGGAGGUCAAUUCUCCCUCCGCCGCCGAACGCAUUCAAUUGAAAUAUCAACUGAGCGAGAGAGUCGUCGAUGUCGUUCACAUCGACCCGGCCGAUAUAAAGGGUCUCGGCAUUACAGAUAUCUUCAAGCAGGAACACCACCGUGUCUUGAGUGUCGGUGCUGGAUAUGGCGUGCUACCCUUUGCAGGUCGUCUGAUUCAAACUGGUUUCUGGACGGCCGCCGACAUCACAAUGGUUGAUGAAGCCGGUGGGUUUGGAGGCUUUGGUCUGCCUGUCACCCUACAGGCAGACUUCGUGAUUCUGGCGACUGGCUUAUUGAAUACUCCCAAGAUCCUGGUCAAUGAGUUUCCCCUUCCCGACCAAGAUCUGGCGGACGACGGCCUCCACCCUGAGUACCUGUUGCAGAUGCGUGGGCUCGACUUUCCGCGCCAUGAGGCCAUCUGCCAGCGGAUCGCGUCAAUAGUCCAGAACCCCAUCACCGCUGAAGCCUUGAAGCCAUGGUACCCAGAAUGGUGCAAGCGCCCAUGCCUCAACGACAGCUUCCUUCAGGCCUUCAACCCAGCCAUAUAUGACACUACUCAAUACCAACCGGCGAGGAAUCCCCGAUAUCGCGAACAAAACCAUCAUCGUUGGGGGGAAAUAUUACGAGGUCGACGUCCUUAUCCUGUGCACCGAAUACCGUUUUGGCACCGGGCUCGGCAGCAAGCUCUUCGUGACCGGCCGCCGUGGUCUGCCCUUGCUGGAGAAACGGAGGGCGGUGGAAUUUCCACAACGCUGCGCGACUUCCCAACCCUUUUCUUCCCUAGUCCAUUUCAGGUAGGUGCGACCGGAAACCAUGUUUAUACCCUCGAUGAGCUUGCGACCCAUAUCGCCUACAUUAUCGCCGAGUCAUUCAGGGUGGCCGCAACUACUGGGACGGCAGAUGCGUAA